UUACCAGUAACUAUCCACUAUUCGACUUUCCUACUCAUUUUGAAUAACCCUCUCUCCUUCAAACACUCUCACUCAGCAUGUGGGCGUGAAUUUCCAGCCAGCAGCUCCUCCGGGCUGAACGGCUCCUAAAAUAGCGCUGCGAAUUCGGAAGCGUCAGAAAAAAAUGGCUGAGGAAGUUUUACCAAUAACUCGACAAGUAACUACAGAAAGCCGGGCAAGUGGGACCACUUUUGUCGAUAUUCAUCUCCUGGACGUCGAGGAUUGUUUAAUUUACGACCGGCGUGGCGUCUCUAUUCCAUUCAAGAGCUUAUAUCAAGAAAGGAAAUCGAUCAUAAUUUUCGUUCGGAAUUUUCUGUGCUACAGCUGCAAAGAGUAUGUUGAGGAUUUGAGCAAAAUACCAAGAGAGGCACUGGAGGAUGCUGGAAUAAGACUGGCUGUGAUUGGUCAGUCUGCUCAUUGUCAUAUUGAGUCAUUCUGCUCGCUGACUGGAUAUCCAUAUGAAAUGUACGUGGACCCAGAGAGAUGCAUUUACCAAAAGCUUGGCAUGAAGAGAGAGGAAACAUUUACAGACUCUGCUCCUCCAAGUCCACAUGUGAAGUCUGGUAUGUUUGUGGGCCAAAUGAAGAGUAUAUGGAGAGCCAUGACUAGUCCUGCAUUUGACUUUCAAGGUGACCUACAUCAGCAGGGUGGAGCCAUUAUUGCAGGGCCUGGCUCUCAAGUGCAUUUCUCCCAUUUUGACAUGAAUCGGCUGGACCACAUGCCCAUUAACUGGCUCCUUCAGCUCGCCGGAGUCCAACAGACGCUGGACUUCAGCGAUAAACCAAAGAUCAUCCAUGUGUAGCAAUAGCUGCUGUAAAAAAAGUACGGCCAUAAACUUGGGUCAUUUGCACGGCAGUUGGAAUAUUAAGGAGUGUUGCACUUUCUUUUCAAACCAUGGUGUAGUUCUUACAAAGUUUUGGGCUUUGUUUGGGUUAAUUAUCCUGAUGUUCUGUGACUCUGUCUCUACACAGAUGCAAACCAGAGGUAAUAGAGUGUGUUUGAAGAUUGGAGUGCUGUUUCUCCUCAGUCAGGGUGCACUACGUUCAGAAUGGAAACAUUCAGAGUGGAAAAACACUGCCAGUCUUAAAUUGUGUUCUACUAUGGGUUAGAUCCAGUAGGGAAUAAUUACAUUUCCUGUUUGUCUACUUACAUAGCCUUCUGUCAUUGCUGCACAUCUCAACCAAGUUCACCCAAAGCAUUUGUCCUUGUUUCCCCUGCUGAGAAGGGGUUUAGAGACACUACUCAUAGGACAUUUACUUCAAUUUUAUUGAUUGGAGUCUUGCAUUCUUCACUGAGGUAGCUUUUUUUUAUCUCUUGUGAACCAAGCUUGAUGUAUUGAUCUUCUGAUGGUGUGACCAUUUUAGGUCUGUCUGUGCUUUGGAUACACUUCUCCAAUAUUUUCUACAAAGGAGUUAACACGGUCAGUGCCUUAAAUUAAUUUGAUCACAGACCUCGAAAUAGAGCAGAUUCUUAAACAUUUCUUUUUCCUUUUACAUAUCAAAGCUUCUCGUGUUUUUAAAUGCUCAACAUCGUCAUUAUUUGUAGGUUGUAUAUAAAUGUGAUGGAUGUUUAAUGUGGUCUUAGAUUUACCCCAUUGUAUGCUGCCAGCAUAGUUACGUCACCAUUCUGCACAAACUGCAACAAGAAGCCAAUAGCUCAGUCUUGACCUUGGAAACAAGUAGUUGUAAGUGUGAGCAUAUUCCAGAGCUUCCAAUCACAUCUCAUGGGAUUUUUGUUUUUGGCAAAAUACAGUUUGUUGUCUGAAAUCAUGAAUAAUGCAACAGAGGUAUGAGAGCACUACUGUUUUAGUUUCUUUUUCUACAUUUUAUAUCAGAGACAUUACAUUAAUAUGUGUUAUAUGAUUUUGUUUCUGUACUUGUAUUAAGAUGUUUGUAUUGUGGUUGAAGAACCAGGUUUAGGUCACCGACUAAACAUCGCAAGUCAAUGGUGACGUGUAAGAUGCUCCUGAAGGGCUUGUGGAAGUUGAUGGAUGUUCUGUGGGAUGGAACCGUAUUGUUGUAUCCAGAGUAACCCGGAGAUGUUCAUAAAACGCACAGUGCAGCUUCUGAAGACGAAAUCUAUUACUGAAAAGGAUGGUCCUCCAUCUUGUAAGUCUCACUGGAGCUGUUUUUGCGCCAUUCUGCCAUUAAAUAAAGAUUCAGGUGCAGGCAUCUGAUCAUAUACACAAACAACUUCAUCCACAAUUUCUCUGAGACCUGAGACUGAGUGCCUGGUCACACAUCUAACUGACACACCAGCAUCCAGCUUGCUAACAGCCUGUUAUCAUCUUCCUCUUGUCAUGUGUAGCAUUGUGUCAUUUAAAUAAAGCAGUGACUUAAGGUGGCUUUUUCUAGUCACUAGUAAAAGAAGGGUCCGUGUACUGGUUACACAGUCUGCCAAUUCAAAAGCUUUUUGUGCACAAUAGGCUAAAUUUAACCAUUUACUAACAUAGAAACAGGAAUUAGAUUUUCAACUUUUGCAUCCAAGUCAGCAAAGAUGAUCAUUUGCAUGCUGCAUCUACAUUUUUGUUCAAUCCCAGAGGGCACCUUGAGGUCAAUUUGAUGUUUAGAAAUAGUCAAGAUUUUGACUACUACCAUAAAUAGCUUGAAGAGGCUUUGAGAUCGUUAUUGUGGCAAAGAGGCCCUACAAAGGGAUCAAUCCUACAUCAUUUUACUGCACAAUUACAUUGUAAAUCAAAAUAUUUGACAUCAAAUCAACGUUGCUGCUUGAUACCUGACAUCAUAUUGGCGUUAAUUUGAUGUCUAGAAACAUGGCAUUGAAUAGAUAUACUGAUAUCCCCCCAGCGGGCACCUUGAGAUCAAUUUGAUGUUUAGAAAUAGUGAAGAUUUUGACUACUAUCAUGUUUGUGAUUUUGAUACAUGAAGACGAGUUUUUAGUGGUUUAAUAAAUGACCAGACGGACUUAAAAAAAACAGCUGAUGCACUAAUUUUACUGCCUCGUCACAGCCUUCCAUUGUUUUUACAGUGUUCAAUGUAUUGUAAAUAAACUUUAACUCUUG